AUGACUUCUCCUAACAAUAUGCAGUCAUUAGCCUUGACAAACUCUGAAAAGGAGCCUCCUAGAAAUAGCACCUUAAAUACCGACGACGAAGACGACGAAGACGACGAGAUGCCGGUAAUUACCAAUGCCAUGUAUAUUGCCGAACUCAAGCAGCGACAUGCCCAGCAAAUUGACGAUCUCGACGAGCGAAAUGACCGGCGCAUUGUCGAUCUUAACCAGCGAAAUAUCGAUCUCAAGGAGCAGAUUGCCAAUCUUCAGAAACAACAUUACAACCAUAUGUAUUUUACAAUGCUUUCGGUCUUCAUUGCUAUUUUGCUUACUUACAUAUUUAAUGCAAAGACAGUAUGCGACUUGUAUACACUUACAAUGAUACGGCAUUACGGCAUUACGGAAUUUACGAUACCAAAUGAAGGUUCAGGAUACGAAUGGAUGAAUAGCAAUGGAUUUAUGGCGGACGGAGAGUUUGCUCUUCGAAAUACCCAGAUAUGGAGUUAUGGCUGGCACAAGGGGAAUCUUUACCUUUUUCAACACGUAUCAUCUGGAGUUAUGAGUGGUUGGUGA